GGCUGUGCCGACCACAUCCCCUUACGGGAAGGCAGGAGCUUCAGUUGUCAGGGGCUCCCACCCCACACCUCCCCCCACGCUUAUCCAGAGGAAGGAACAUUUUUCUGUGUGGGGGUGGCAUUCACGUUGGAAGGGGAUGGUUGAUGGUGUUAUUUUCGUUCCCCACAAAUGUGGAUGUUUAAAAUAGUGCUUUAUUCAAUCGGCAUAAGUGACACAUAGACUAUGUAUAGUGGUGGAAGUGGGCCUGGCAGGGGACGAGGGCCAGACCUCACCAAAACCAAGAGUCGUGGUUCUCCACUGAUAGCACCAAGAGAUCUGCUCUGAGGAUGCCAGCACAGAAGCCCCGUCAUGGGUUGCCUGGCAAACUCACUUGCACAAAUACUGAAUUGUCUGAAAUGGAUGUACCUCAGAGCCAGUGAACUGGGCUUUUGGCUUCAUCUCCAUGGGGCAUGCCAGCGGGUCACAUUUCCUCUCUGAGCCCCGCUCUGAGCCGCACUGCACUCCUGGAGGGAAAGGGACAAGGCUUCACAAGAAACAGCACAUGCUUUCCUUUCAUUUCUGGGAGGCUCGGGGUCGACCUACAGAUGCUGCUCCUUCCGUGGCCGAUGGCGUUCAGACUCCUAGCUGCCGACGGUGCCAGGCAAACAACUGGACAGAACAGCGCAGCCACAGGAAGCUGGCCACAGUCUCGGCCAGAGCAGCAGCCCCCCAGGCACAGACCACCUCUGCCACCCAGUCCAGGAGCCUUCCCACCUCCCUCAGCCUUGCCCCGGCCCCGCCAGAGGGGCUGAAGAACUGGGAGGUGGUGGCAGCAGCGGCAGUAGUGCCUAUAGCCUUGGGGCCAGUCCAGGCACGUGGGACCCUGCUUCGGGCAACUCUGCAGCCUCUCCAGGGCCAGGGAGGGACCCAGGACAGCCGCAGAGCUCACCACUGUCUCUUCCUAUCGCUGAAACCUAGGCGAGGUCUCAGAAUGGAAGCCGCCACUCCUGAGCUGAAACCGCAGGCCAGACUGCGGGAGGUGGGGGACAGGGUGAGCGGAGCUCAAGACAGUCAGGAGCUGAAGCAGCAGCUGCGGCGGCUGCCCAAGCCACCAACCUCCUCCCAGCGAGAAAGGAGACAUGCGGAGAUGUGCGCUUCAGCUGGAGUCCUGAGUGAGAGUCCCCGGACCAUGAGCCUUUCUCCGGAGUGCCGGCCCAGGGAUCAGAGGGCCCCUAGGAGUCCCGAGGAGAAAGCACAAGAUGAACCCAGUGGUCAAGAGUGCGAGGCUCCAGCCUCCCGGAAGAUUCCUGCUUCCUCAGAACUCUCCAGAUCCCAGCUCUCCCACACUGAGGAGGGCAGCAACGUCUCUUCUUACUCCUCCUCUUCUUCCCCCGUGGACAAAGCAGAAGAAGGUGGCCUCUUCAAGAUGGAUGAUACCACCACACCAACAGGGGCUCUGGCCACCUCGUCUUCAUCUUUAGGCUUUGAGAGUGACAGUGGUGAGAGCGCAGUGAGCUGCCAGCCCAGCGGAGGAGGAGGAGGGGGAGGAAGAGGAGGAGGGGGAGGUGGGGGAGGGGGAGAUGCAGCCGAGUGCAGGGACAUUAUUGCCAAGUCUCAGGGCAGCAGAGACCCCCCGAAAAAUGAGGAGGCGCACUACAUCACCACCCACGAGAUCCAGCUGAGUGAGGUGGAGCAGGACAUGGAUUUCGACGUGGGACUGGCCUCUCGCUUGGAUUUCGAGGACAACAACGUCAUCUACUCAUUCGUGGACUAUGCUUCCUUUGGUGGCAGCGACGAGACCCCGGGGGACGUCACCACCGCGACCGAAGAGGACGACGACAACAGCUGCUACCUCAGCACCACUCCUAGCACCACCGCCACCCGGACACCCAGCCCCACCAGCAGUGACGCCGCCCGCCCCAGAGUAGGCAGCAGUGGUCGCAACACCAGCAGCACGGAAGUGGGCAGCGGUCCCUCCGACAGUGACCCCACUCCCCCGCCCCCCGGGCCUGGCACUGCCACCCCGCGGGAGCCCUUGCCCGAGCCCCCGGACGCAGCUUCAGGGGCAGCCGCCGCCGCAAGCAGCUGUGCGAGCGCGGCCAGCCAGAUCCUCCUAUCAAUCAAGCCGACUUCCCGGGCUAUAAAUGAGCCUAGCAACGUGCGUGCAAAGCAAAACAUUAUUCCUGCUGCCAAGCAUGAAGGCGACAUGAGCCUCCGCGUCUCCACAGCUGCUGAACGCAAUUCAAGUUCGCUGAAGCAAGACCCGGCUGCAGCCGUGGCUCAGGACCAUGCGAAGAAGUUCAUCGCCGUCCCUGCCCGUCUGCAGACCCGGUGCGGAGCCAUCCGCGCCAAGGAGCUGGCGGACCACUCCAGCGGGGCCUCCAGCGCCGUGAGCGAGCUGGACGACGCCGACAAGGAGGUGCGCACCCUCACCGCCCGGGCCUUCCGGAGCCUCGCCUACCCCUACUUCGAGGCUCUGAGCAUCAGCUCCCGGGAGUCCUCCGCGCUCUCCGAAGUCGGCUUCGGGCGUUGGUCGACCUUCCUGGACUUAAAAUGUGGCGGGGUUGGAGCCCGGGUGGAACAGAGCCUCCUCAGGAGCAGUGCGGCCUCGGCGGCCGCAGGCCUGAGGAAGGGAGGUGGGGCCAGGACAGCCGCAGACCAGCUCUACGUCCAGUCCAAGAAGUCCCAGACCAAGGCCCUGGAGUUCGUCGUCAGCAAAGUGGAGGGGGAGAUCAAACACGUGGAGACGCCGCUGUGUUUCCAGAAGCAGGUCCAGACGGGCUCCCGCGUGGUCACCCUUCUCGAGCCUCUGAAUUUACGCAGUGAGAGCAAAGCCAGCUCAGCCGUGGGGCCCUGCAGGGCCCCCAAAGUCUCCAGCAAGGGCCCCGGAUCGGUGUACACAGACGAUGGCUCCGAGACGUCAGAGAGCAGCAAGCCUGCCGCCCGCGCUGACGGCCCCCAGAAGAAGUCCAAGUUUGCUUCCAGUCUGCUCAAAAAUGUCAUCUCCAAGAAAAUGCAGCGGGAACACGAGUUCAAAAUGGAGAGGGGAGAAGUCACCGACACCUCCCAACAUCACCUCUCCAGCACCCCCAAGGAGACAGAGGGCCCGGCUGGGGGGGAGAAGCCGCGGGAGAGGGGCCUGCAGAGGCAGAGUUCCCGCCACUCGGAGGCCGGCUCUGAGUACACGGUGCUCAGCGUGUCAGAUGCAGGGGGCGAAGGGUCCGUGGCCGGCUCCAAAUCCCCAACUUUCAAAGCCAGUGCACCUCGGGAGAGCAGUACAGGCUCCGGCAGAAAUCUCGCUGAUGCACACACAGAAGUGUGUGAAAUUAAAAAGAGUGCAUCCGAGACUGUCAAGGGCAUCUUCCUCCGUAGUCAGAACAGCGCAUUCCGGUCAUGGAAGGAGAAAGAGGCAGAGAAGAGGGAGGAAAAAGCCCCCAUCGGGAAGCUAAAACUCCCCAAAGGGGGCGACUGGAGGGCCGAUCUCGGGGAGAUCUCUGCCAGCAAGUCCACCAUCAUGUCUCGCCUCUUUGUCCCCAACAUCCAGCAGACCCCCAAGGACAAGCAGCCAGGGAAGCAGGCCACCAAGUACCCUGCUGCCCAGGCCACCUCCACGGCGGUGAUCAGGCCCAAGGCUCCGGAAAUCAAGAUCCGGCUAGGGAGCGUGCAGCAGCCAAGCUCCGACUUCAACAUUGCCAAGUUGCUCACUCCCAAACUGGCCAGCGGCAGCGCCUCUAACCUCUUCAAGACCAUUGAGGACAACAGCAGAACGCAGCAGAAACUCUUCCGGGGGGACAACCUGGAAAAAGUGCCCCAGUUCCAGGUGCGAGAUGUCAGAGACAAGUCCAAGGCCCAAGGCCCCCUCCACCAGGUGAGAGACGUCAGGAAACUAAUCAAAGGGUCAGGGGACAGCAGUGACAAGGGCAGUGUGACCCCAGAGCAGGGGCUGACUGGGCCCAAAGCCAGGCCGCAGGCUGCUGCAGCGGGCGGGUCGGGAUCCCUGUCCCCCAUGGUGAUUACCUGCCAGGCUGUGGUGAACCAGAGGGAAGACGGCGCAGCCCGCGAGCUGAGGGAGCACCUGGGCAAAGGUGGAAGCAGCAGGGUCUUGGAUUCCUCCUCCCCUGAAGGGACAGUCUUGGUUCACAGGGCAUCUGGCAGGCUGCCCGUGGCCACCAUCGCCCCCAAUAAGCCUGAGCAGGGCUCUUACCUGCCUGUGCUCAAAAUCGUCUCCAAGGCAUCUGCUCAGAAGACCCCAGAGAAGGCCAAGGAUGAGGAGGGCAAGGAGGAAGGGAAGGGCCCGAAGCCAUCCCGGAACGCCCUGGAGAAGCUGACCGCCGCCGUGAGGUCCAUGGAGGAGCUGUACAGCUUCAACAGGAACGAGUGGAAGCGCAAAAGUGACCCCCUGCCCAUGAUGAUCGACAGCCACGUCCUGUCGCUCAUUGCCAGUGAGGAGAGGGAAGGAGCCGGGGGUGCCGAGGGGGACCCCAACAAGAUGGCCAGACGUCUGGGUGAGGGGGAAGAGCGGGGUGCCGGAAACAAAGGCGGAGUGGUCCUGCGAGGGGCUCCCCUGGAGCGUCUGCAGCGCAGAAACUCCAAUCCGAGCUCCGAGAGCGUGUCGGCCCGGGCGGCGGCCUUCGAGAACCUGGCCAGGGAGAGGCCCCGGUCGCUGUACAUUCCGCCCGCGCCCAAGGAGGUGGAGAGAACCCCACCCCUGCAGCCCCUCCCCCCACUCCCCAGCAACCGGAACGUGUUCACAGUGAGCGCCAGCAGCACCCAGAAAACUGGGGGUGUCGCCGGAAAGUUCCCCCAAGGACCUUCUCCAGAGAGUCCUUCAGCCGCAAAGGGCCUCAAAUCGCAGGGACUCCGGUCCCUCAAGAUCUCUCCGGCCACCCGGGCACCUCUCGAUGAGGUGACCAACAGCAAAAAUGGCAGCAAUUUGGAAAAGAGCAACAGUGAUUGUGAGAAUUACCUGACCAUCCCCCUAAAAGGAAGCUCUGCCGCUGGGGAGCUUCCAGGCAGGCCAGGGGCUGGGAGGGAGGGGCCCCCAGUCUCCUCGGCGGCCACUCUCUGCAGCUUGCCCCCGCUGAGUGCCCGAAGUCAGGUCCCCAGUAGCCCCAAAGGCUCUCAGGUCAGUGGAACCAGCCGGCCAGCUUGGCGUACCAAACCCGACAACCUCCGGGAGACGGUAGCUGCCCCCGCGGGGCCACAGAGCCCCGAGCACCCCCCUCCCACCAUCUACCACCAGCAGCUGCUGCCCUUCACCCUGCAGGGGGCCCAGCCCCAGGUGCUCUGCUUCUCCCCACCUGGCAUGCCUGCCCCCGCACCUGCAGGCCCGGCUCCGGUCCCCACAGACCCCUUCCAGCAACCCCAGCCUCAGCAGACCCAGCGUAAGAUGCUCCUGGAUGUGACAACUGGCCAGUACUAUCUUGUGGACACACCGGUACAGCCUAUGACCCGGAGACUCUUUGACCCCGAGACAGGGCAGUAUGUGGACGUGCCCAUGACCACCCAACAGCAGGCUGUGGCUCCCCUGUCCCUCCCUGUGCCUCCCUUGGCCCUGAGUCCCGGUGCCUAUGGACCCACUUACAUGAUCUACCCUGGGUUUCUGCCCACGGUGCUACCCACCAACGCCCUGCAGCCCACACCAAUUGCUCACACUCCAGGAGGCGGUGAGCUCUCUCCCAUGGCGGCAGAGCCCCCCAGCAAAGAGGCAGCUGCGACAUUCACCGAGGUCCCAUACUUCAUGGCCUCUGGUCAGGCUCCCGCCUCCUCUUCCUCCUCUGCCCCAGCAGCCACAUCCCAGCUGGUGGGGGCCAAGGGCUUCGCCCAGCUGCACGGCAAGCCUGUCAUCAGCAUCACUUCGCAGCCCUUGGGGCCACGGAUCAUUGCGCCCCCUUCCUUUGACGGCACCACCAUGAGCUUUGUGGUGGAACACCGAUGACGAGCAGUCACCAGAAAACAGAGCAGAGUGGAGCAGCUGCUGGAGCAAGAAAGAAAGAUGGAUGGUUCUGCUUUAAUCUGAAAGUUGCAUUGUAACAGCGCUAAGAAUUCAUCUGAAAAACUUCUUCUACAUGUGUUACUCUUAGUUUUUGCUUCUUAUAAAACAAGUGUGUAAGUUUCUAUAUUUUCUUGAACAACCCCGUUAAGACAGUUUGUGUUAUUUUAGUUUUACUAAGCUGAUUGAAUGGUUGCAUUUUUCCUGUGUAAAACUUUCUUUUUAUACUUUAAUACGGGAUAGAAACUUUCUAUUUGUCUUUCCCUCCUGCAUUCAUGACUAGGCAAACAAUCUCUUAAGUGUUCUCAUGGUUCAAUCAAAACACACGACAGAAUGAGCUUGGUUCUGUUGUAAACCAAGCCAGCAAACCAAUAUUUGGAUCACAAAUCUCCUUAUAGUUUCUUGGAAUAUAUCAGGACUAGUUGGCAGAGUUGUAGCACAAGUCUGCAUUUUAAAUAUGCUGGGUCUGCAUUUUGAAUCAAUACCGGCCAAGCCUAGUCAUUCUCUUGGUUAUGUUUUAAUGUUCUUUUAUUUGGUUUAGCAUGAUUUCAAAUGUGGUUGUGAAAAACAGUGAUUUUAACUUUUGUGCUUUGCUUAAAUUUUCCCAUUUGUACAAUGCCAUGACACUCUUUGUUCCCUUAAAAUAGAAUGGCUUGAAAUACUAGAGAGCCAGCGAUUAUUACAUUUAGAAUGAAGUUCUUAGUCUCAGAAAGGUAUAAAAUAUCCAUUUCUCUCUAGGAAUCCAACCUUUGUUAUGUGUGUACGGCAUUAUUUUUCUUCCUCAAUGAUUCCCUGCAUAGUUGCAUACUCCUGCCUCCCAGGCAUUGUUUGGAGUGUGAAGAGAGACUUGUUGGGGUGGUAGAGUAGAAUGUAAACUCUGAUUCAGUGGUUCCGAUUCUCUGCAGCCCUAGACACACCAAUAGCAGUGACCCAGGAUCGCAUCACUUGUUCCUUACGGUCUUAAGAGAUGUUGAGAAUCCAAAUCACAGAAUCGUUCAUCAACAUGCAAUGCUGCCUCAGUUGUAACCCAGUUCUGAAGGUUAUUUUAGUGAGCGUUCACAGUGAGUCUUGAAGAAUUGAUUGAACGGAUAAAUAUUUAGCUUGUCAUCAUUAAUAGUAUGUCAAUAUAUGUUUGACAAAUAUUACAUUGAAAUAUUUCUUACUUUUUAAAAGAAUAACUUGAAGGUUCUCCCAGACUUUCUUUAAGGAAUCUGCUCUUAUUUAUUUAUUUGUUCAAAGAUAAAGCAUUCUGGUAAUUUUUUAAAAAGCCUUAUUUUGAUUUUAAUGAUCAUUAAUAUUGGUUUCUGCUUAAAAUUGCUUCCUGAAGCCAGAGUUUUAUGCUGCUUCUUGCUGAGGGUGUGAGUAAAAGCUCUGAGGCUGGUUUGUGUCAUCUCAUGACUUCGUGGCUGUGCCCCCCAUAUCAUUUAGACUUUUUUUAAGAAAAAGAGCUCAAUUUCACUUCCAGGGCUCUCCAUAAAGGAAUUUUACCCUAAAAAGAAGUUCUGUGGGGUAAAAGGAAAGAUUUGAGGUAGAAAUACUCAGCUCUGGUCACACGUUGAUCAGUCAUGGAGCUGGUGAGCUGUGAAAUGAAGCGAGAGCCUCUGAGGCAUGAAUCAUGAAAUGUGAAAUGGCCUCCGUGUACAGAAGAGAGGCCCUCAUGCCAUAUUGGGGAAAGCAUCCUUCCCCUGUCAUCAAGGUCGUCUUACCCAGCUCCAUCAACAGAGUCGCCUCAGAACUUACUUCACCUUUCACCACUGGGGAACUUCUCUUGCAGCGCCAGCCCUUCCUCAUGUUCAGUAGAGACUGGCUGGGUAUGAGGUCAUUCAAUAUUGAAACAAGAAAGGAGAAUCAAUUGCGAGGAUCUCAAACCUGUAAUACUCAGAGCAGCGCCAUGAAAUCUCAAGUAUCUGAACACAUUAAUAUAGGAUUUGGGUGGAUACUGUCAGAAUUAACAAGACUGUUUUAAGACUGCCUGUGACUUUUAGGAAAACCCAGUGGUCAUGUUGAGUGUCAACUGCUUGCCAGGUCUUCAAAGAGACAUCUCCUUCUCUAGAAAAUAUGGUAGAGUUCUUACCUAUCUGGGGCCUGGGGUCCUCAUAAGCUAUUUAUCAUGAUUUAUCACCAGCAGAUCUGAGCCUUAAAUUCUCACAUUGAGGUAAACUAGGACAGAAAUUAGGAAAGAAAGGAGAACUUUUCAUUUGUUGGUUUUGUCAGAGAAGCCAUGUCCUCUGAGAAGCUGCCAAGGAUGUAGUAAAUGCUCAAGUGGUUAAAAAUAGAGCUUUAAAGUAAUAGUCAAUGAACGCCAUGUCAUCUAUGGAUAAUGUAAUGGUUCUCUAUUUUUCAUCAAACCAUGAAAAAACAAACCAAAGCUGCUAGGCCAUUUACUACCUCAGGUGAUAGAGAGGAACGUUUUAAAGACAUUAGGUCAAUCUAAAUGCUCAUUUUCAGUUUAUCAUUUCUUGAGGUUGCAUUGAUAUUUGAAUGAAGUGGUUUUCUCCUUCCUUUUUCAACCAAAGUUAAGUGGAAUAAAACAAGAGUCUAUGAAGCUUUCUGACCCAUAAGAUUAUUACCCUAACAAUGUCCCUUUAACUACUGAAAUGUCCUUUUAUGUUUUAUGUACGCAAAACCAUUAAUAAAGCAUGCAGCGUUUCCUAAAUAGUGCCUUGAACUUGAAGCUAAUUAGAAUUGCAGAGUCUGACUUUUCCCUUUUCCUCUCAGGUUUACAUGUUUGACUCAGUUUUCCGGAGAAACCACAGGGCAUUGUGUUUAGAAAUCUUGACCAAUUUCCUCUUUUCACUGUUGGCUAAAUGAUCAGGUUGAAAUAGGCUCCAUUUGAAUUGUUUUUGGAAAACUGAGCACAUUUGUAACCAUUAUGAAAAUCUAAUUCACCAGAAUGUAUUCUCUUCAAAGCACUCACUGAAAUUGCCCUCAGGAUGAAAUGAAGCCCAGUUACCCAGUUAGUGACUUAACAUAUAGGCUCUCCGUAUGUCUGUAUAUGUCUGUGUGUAUAUGGCUCUCUAUAUAUCAUUGAGUAAAUAAGCUAAAACAAAUUACACUUUGACAUCUUUAUGAUAAAUCUCAAAUGUUAAUGCACGUUUCAAAUUCAUCCUUAUAUCACUAUGAAAUAUCUAGUAAUAUAAAUUUCUUUCUUAAUUUCAUAUUUGACUUUAUUAUCCUUGCCAUUAAUGACUUAAUGCGUUUUAAUUAUUUUCGUACUCCAUGUGUUUGCUACAAAUUGAAUGCUCAUGCUACCUGAAAUAAUACUUUGGACUGCAGGACAGUAUUGAUUCCUAAGUAGAUGAACUAUAAUCUCAUGAGAAUUAUAUAGAUAUAUAGAGAUAAUCUAUAUCUCUCUCUAUAUAUGUGCAUGAGAAAAUACAUUCAGUACUAGUCUCUGUGUUGAAAACUAUCACGGUAUACGUUUUCCUAUGUGGUGCUUGAGGAGUUUCAUUUUACAGUUUACGAGGUGUAGGUUUGCACCCCAAAUUCUCAGGGUAUACUAUUUUACCCAAAUACUUGAAAGAAGAAGGUGCCCUGUAUUUUAUCAGUACUGUUGAGGGAAAAAAUUAUGUGUAGGUUUGUUUUAGAAAACUACUUAUACAAAUCAAAUUCAUAAAAUCUGUUAGGCUUUUACGUAAUUCCUAAGGAGAUAUACAUAUAGAUAUGAUAUAUAUUUUCAAGAGACUGUUUCUAUAUUAUUAACUAACUUCUGGGUCCUAAGUAGACCUCACAGGUGCAUAAAAUCAUUAAUGAAGCAUGUAGCAUUGCUAAAUUGUACCUUGAGCUUGAAUCUAAUCAGGAUUGCAGAUUCUGGUCCUCUGGACAAAGUCAUGUCCAUUCGUGGCAGGUGCGAUCACAAGGCCCAGGGGAGGAUUCUGAAAAUUGGACUUAUUUGUACACCCCGUGUGUCAGAAGAGACUGGGUGUUUACAGCAGUAUUUGUAAGCUGUUAACAGUCUUGUCUCAUGUUGCAACUAGAGCAUAUUAUUAGAUUUAUUCCUAUGUAAUUCAUAAUGGUGCAGAAUAAAACACACACAGAACACAUCUAAUUUGAUUUCUUUUUUUAAGUUUCAUAAUUGCUUUUUAUAAGCUAGCGCUAAUGGCUAAAAGUCCUUUCCAGUGCUCUCUGAAAUUACCUGUGAUACCUGUGUCUAUAUUAUAGCAGGUGCUUCUUUCUCCCCGCCGCUUUGAAGUUGUAGGUUUCUAUAUUUACAUUUAAAUCAUAUUAUUGUAUAGAAAAGACAGUGGUGGUUGAAAAGAAUGUGAAGACUGAGCAAGUUAUGUCCCAAACAGAGGAGCGUAAAUUGUGUGGGAAAUGAAGAAAGACAUUGGAUAAUGCUGACUUAUACACCUGGCUGUGGAAAACGCCAGUGGUAAAUAGAAAGAAGGUGAAAAAUUAAACUGCUCUCAAGACGAGAAAUCUCGGUGGAAGAGCCCCUACCUGAGGUUUGGUGUGACUCAGUGAUAGAAUGCAGUGAGCUUGGCCAAUGGGACUGUGAACCCAGCCCAGCAGCUCUGAGAAUUCCGUUCUCAGUGUGUUGCGGAUGGAGAAAACGACUUAGACAAGGACUAUGAGACUAGCCUGCUUACCUUUCAUUGCCAGCAUUUGUCAGUGAUUGUGCAAUCUUGUGUAAUGGUCUUCUAUUUUGACUCCUUUGAAAAAAAAGUGUUUUGUUGUUGUUGUUUUUUCCAGUAAAAGUAACUGCAAAGAAAA